AGACAGCGCGGUGGAGAGAAACGAGUCUCUUCGUUUUGAGCAUCAUCUUCUCUUUCUCUCUUGGUUUCACUCCUCCUUCGAAGAAAGAGAGCUUCGUGGCUUCGCCAUUGCUUUACUAGCUCUGAAUCUUUGGUUGGGAGUGGUCUGGUGGAAGAGAUCGGGCGUGGCGCUUGCUGUAGAGCGUUGUUUCGGUGUGUUUCGUGAGGGUUUGGAGGCGUCGGUGGUGUUUGGUUUGUUGCUGGGAAUUUUGGGGUUUGGAUGGUUGUGAUUUCGUGGAUGAAUGCGUUUUAGAGGUGAUUUCAAUGCAUUUGAUGGUGAUUUUGGAGUAAAAUGUCUCGGGAAACUGAAGACUGCGUUGGUGUUCAGGUUCAAUUUCUCUCGGAUAGAUGUGUGGGAUGGUGUCUUACAUUUUAAACAAGAAUGCGUGGUGGAUUUAUUUCAUUUGAAAGGUGAGUGUUUGCCCAGUGGUUCCAUAUCAUUUGGCCGGUUUGAAGCUGAAUCAUUAUCAUGGGAAAGAAGGUCUUCAUUCUCUCAUAAUAGAUAUCUUGAGGAGGUUGAAAAAUAUUCAACACCGGGCUCGGUUACUCAAAAGAAGGCUUACUUCGAAGCCCACUUUAAGAAAAAGGGUCGUCUCCCUUAUGCUUCACCAGAAGGUCAGAAUGCAUUUGAAUACCAGACUACUGAAGAUGGUAGUGAAGAGCAUAUGUAUUACAUGGAGGAUUACCUAGAUCAUGGUGAUGGAGAGCAACAGCAAUUCACUUGGUAUGAUGAAAAAAAGUCCACUUUAGAUGAGGAUAGGAAUGAUAUUCGGGAGGUCAAUGGACGACAGAUUCUGUUUUCUUGGUUUGAUGAAAAGUCACCUGUCUCAGAUGAGCACAAAUGUAAUGCCAUGGAGAGCAAUGGUGCACAACCCCAAUUCGACUGGUAUGAUGAAACACCUGUUGUCUCAGGUGAGCAUGAACAUAACAUUGUGGCACAUGAACAAGAGGAAAUAAUUUCUCCAGAAGUCCAAUCAGAACCAGCUCACUCCAAUGAAGAAGUUCUAGAUGCCUCUAUCAAGCUAGCUGGGACGAAUGAAAAAUUAAAAGUUCAACUUGCAGAUAAUUCCAUGCCAUCAAAUAAGGAUGAAACCCAUGGAGUAAAAGAACAGGAAACUGAUAAAAGAGUUGGGACUGUGGACAAACUUGAAAAGAGUGAAACACCUGAGAGUCAUAUUCUUGAUAAACAGAGUUCCUCUACCCAGCAGGAAACAGUAAAAGUGUUGCCCAAGGUGAAGGCAUCAGCUGAACAGAAACCUGCGAAAUCAAAACCAAGGACCUCAAUACCUGUUCCACAGAACCUUAGAAGGUUUUCAGCCGGAAAGAAUUAUCCAUCUCCUGACAAGGCAGUGGCCAAAACCUUGGUUAAAGUCCAAAGGGAAAAUACCUUGAGGACAAGAAGGGAUAAAGAAUCAUCUCUAAGGGUUCCGACACAUAGAAGUUCUGAUCCUAAAAAUGGCAAAUCUUCUGAUUUCAAUAAUUUGUCAGCGAAAGUUCAUCGGGAGAAGAAAAGUGAGAUCAGCCAGAUCCAAAAGAAAGUUGGUGUCAUUCCUAAACCCAUUUCUGGCAUGUGUGAUGUAGAUGUACGUCGAUCUGCGAACAGGCCUCAGAUAUCUGUUAUUUCAAGUAAAUCAGAUGUAAGGCAAAGCAAUGUAAUUUUUAAUUUCAAAAGUGAUGAAAGGGCUGAAAAGAGAAAAGAGUAUUAUUUGAAGUUGGAAGAAAAACAGCAGGCCAAAGAAGCAGAGAUGAAUGAGAUGCAAGCUAAAACACAGGAAGAGACAGAAGCUCAAAUAAAGCAGCUGAGGAGAAGCCUCAAUUUCAAAGCAACACCUAUGCCUUCUUUUUACCAUGAAUCUACACCAAGUAAAAAGACUGUUGGCGCACAGGCAAAGCCUAUGAACCUGCGGUGUCAAUCCGCAAGCCCAAGGAGAAAAUCUUCAAUCAAAGAUAGGUCUCAGCAGGCAAAUCAAGAAGUUUCUUCCCAGUCCAGGGAAUCAGCAAGCUCAACUCAUGUUGACCCAAAAGCAUCUGAAACUGAAGCCGAAGUUAACAGUCCAAAUCCAAAAGACUCCCUGAGCAAAGAAACCACAAAGAAAACCGAGAGAAACAAGACUUCUGUACAUCAACAAGAAGUAGAGAACAAAACAAAGAAAGGAGAGAGAGCGAGGAAGAUGAAGAUGAUGAAGAAUGUUAUCAGUGGAGGUGUUGCAGUCCAUGUUGCAUCUUAAGGUGUUCUAUUUUUACACAAACUUCAUCCUAUUUAUUGUUCAUCUCUGAAAAUAAGAGGUAGACAUGGAUGAACUUGCAAUCUUUCUUCCAUUCUCUACCUUUUCUAAUUGACUAGCCAUUCAUUUGUCAUUGUGAAUUCGCCUUUCGCCUUUUCAUAUUACUGAAUGUGUGACUUAUCUUUUGGAAUUCUUCAUGAGCUCAAAGCCUCAACUAGUGAUAUUUGUCUACAAAGCAUAAUAAACCAGGGAGUAUGGUUUUGUUCUUCAUUGUCAGUUGUAUAAGACAUUGCUUCUUAUGAGGCUUAUUGUUAAGAGGGACAAGGAACAGCACUGAGUUUUAUUUGGUCAUAUUAUUAGACUCAGGAGUUGUUUUGAUUCUUUUGAAUACACCAACAACAGGCACAGCCCUUCUGUUC